GUAGGGAACUAACCGAUGCAUCAGGUCAAAACAUGACAAUUAUCUUUCAUAUAAUCUGAGUUCAUAUUUUAUACUAUGAUAUGUUAGAACAUGAGAACCUCUAUUCUGUUCAUAACAACGAUAUUUUAUUUCGCUUAUUCAACUCCAUGAACGGAAUUCCAGCCUGACCAUACGUCAAAGUGCUAAAAUUGCAUUUCGAGUUAUAGAUAGUUCUGUUGAAGUAAAUAUUUUCAAUGUUAAAUUAAAAAUAGAACACGAUCAACGCGGAGAGUUAAACCGUAGAAGUCGAAUGAAAAAACGUGAUUUAGACGAUUAUGCAUUGAGAAAAAUAGCAGGUUGUUGCUUCACAAGACAACUGUUGUUCAAAUAAAUGUUAAUUUGGUCAGUAAGUAGGUGCUGUACUUCGUUCGUUGUGACUACGAUCACGUAACGUGUAACGCCUAUUGUGAAAGUGAUUAAAGGGUGGACAAUCGUGAUUCGGUGAAUAUUUUAAUUGUAGUGUGCAUCUUGUUACGAACGAUUAAGAGUUAAUAAUUAUCGCUCAGGAGAGACUUCUCGAGUCAAAGGUCUAAAAUGUUUAUGUUAAAAAAGAUAUAAACAAAAAUAAACGAAUCAUCGAUGCAUCGAUUAGGAUGAUCUCAAAGAAAAAUUAUUUGAACUCGAUUGAUCAGACAUCUAGUAGUUGUGCAUAAAACCAACACGAAGGCGACAUAUUGUGAGAAAUUCCGAAUAAAAUUAAGCGUCAAAGUUAACAACGUGCUGGAUCGUAUAAAGUUCUUGUGAUAUAGUUUUUCGUUCAUUGAUACGCAAGAAACACAAUCACAAUAUUAAUUGUAAUGAUGAAACUACAUUCUUUUUCUUUUCGCUGUUUACAACGAUGUUUCCUAACGGAAUCUCAGCGACGUCUGAGUAGCGUCAAUUUGGAUCUCUUAAAACCGGAUGUGGUGUUAAGCGAGAAGAAUCGACAUCAAUUUAUCGAGAAAUUUAAAGCACGUAAAGCACCUAAAUUGGAGGAGAAGAUAAAUCAAGCCGCUGUUUUGGUGCCGUUAUGCUUGCACCAAGGCGAACUGGGUUUCUUGUAUACUUUAAGAUCUACGAAAAUGUCCUUGAAUCGUGGACAGGUUUCAUUUCCUGGCGGAAUGCACGACAAAAAAGAUCGUGAUCUUGAAGAGACCGCGUUACGAGAAACUUGGGAGGAGCUUAAAAUUCCAAAGGAGAAAGUCGACGUUUGGGCAUUCAGCAACAUGAUCGAUAAACAAAACGUCAAAGUCUUAGCCGUUUUUGGUUACCUCGGGGAAAUUGAUCCAGAAAAGCUUGAAAUUAAUAAGGACGAAGUGGAAGAAGCUUUCUUUAUCAGUCUUAGGAACCUUUGCGAUCUUUCUCUAUGUCAAUACACUCAGUUUCGCGACAAUUACACCUUGCCCGUUUAUUUAGGCGGAAAGCAUCGUGUUUGGGGCUUUACUGCAGCGAUAACGCAUAUGGUUUUAAAUGCUUUGGUUCCUGAUGCUUACAAACACAAGUUGGUUUACUUGAGACCAAUCUUAGCAGAUAAGAAACAUAACACUAUCAGUCAUCUGUAAACUCAAAUUGUACAUAUUUGAUUUAUUUUUCUACCUAUCUAGGCAAUUUUGUUAUACUUGAUACUGAAUAAAAUUGAAAAAAGCCGCAA